AUGAAUCAACAAACGUUCGACGAUGAUUUUAAAAAGAUGAAAGCAGAAAAUGCACAAAAAAUGCAACAAAACUUUGGUAGAUCAAGCAACUCUGGAUUUUCAAGCAAUACCAGUGAAGACAUUUCAUCUAAUAUGCUUUACAUAAUUCUCAUUCCUAUUGGUGCAUGUGUUCUUAUUGGAAUUAUUGCCUUGUGCAUUGUAUUUGGGUGCCGAAUUUAUAAUCGGAGAAGAUACAGGAAUGCGUAUAAUGGUGCUGGAACAGGAUAA